AUGGUGUACAAUACUAUUAGCCAACCAUACCUUCAACAGGGACAAGACAUCUAUAAUUCCUGUAAUCAGCUGUCUGUGUCCGAUGUGACAACUGUCAGAGAUUCAACCAGUCCUAAUUUCAAAACCCUACCGCCAAUAAAUUUAAAAGACAGCACUACACAUAUUCCCGUGAAAAUCAAUUUCCUGUCAAAUACAAUUUCUCCACAUAUUCCAGACUCGCAAAUUACAAAUACACCGACAACAAUAACUGAUGUAGUAUCUCCGCAACCGUACUGUUCGUAUUCACCACAAGAUCAGACUAGAAUUGCCAUACAGAAAAAUCUAAAGCUAGCAAUGGAAGAAAUCAAAAGAACUGAAUCACAAUACCUAUCUAACUUGAAAACUUUGAAACGAGAUUAUUUUGAGAAAUUAAUAGAAGACAUAAAUUUGGAAGUGCCGGUUCCAAUAAAAAUUGUGUACAAUAUUCUAGCUGAAUUAAUACAGUAUCACGACAAAAUGACAAAACUAUUUGAAAGAGUAGAUGAUAUAAACAUUUUAAAACAAUGCGAGGAUUAUUGCUCAAUAAUAGCUGAAAACGGGAUCAAUCUUUUUUGGUAUAAGUGGUAUUGCUCGCAGCACCAGAUAAUACAAGAACUGUAUCACGAAUUUUCUCAACAAAGUGACGGGUUGAAAUCACAGUCGAAUUGGAGGCAAUUUGUUUUCAGAACUUGGUUUACUGGCUGGCAAAAGUUUUUUGAAAGCCAGCAAGGUGUCGGGUUAAAAAAGGACUUUUCAUUGAUGUCUCUACUACAGCGACCAAUUGAUAGAAUAACAAAAUACCGACUAUUUGUUGAGACUAUUUGUAAAAACUGUACUAAAUUAGGUCAUGAAACCACUAAUAUUCAAAUCAAUUUUGCAAGAAUCUGCAACCAAUUAAAUCAAAUCAAUCGAAACACAGAAGAUAGAGGCAUACACAAAGACUUAUUCGAAUUGAUAGACUUCAACACAAUAACCUACCAUGAGAUGCAAAUUGAUUUCCAGUUUUUUGGAAUCCCGUAUCUAUUUGGAACUUGUUGGGCAGUUUAUGUUGAAAAUAAAGUCCCCAAAGGUCAUAAUCUACCGAUUCUAUUGUUCAAAAGUCAUUUGAUUUUGAUUGAGUACUGUGGUUACUCUAAACGAAGAAAAUUUGAACCCAAAUUUGUCAUUCCUGUGAUCAAGUGUCAUUUAGAUUUGGAAUCAACAACUUCUUCCUACGGACUACAUACAACUUACCCACAUUGCCUUAAACUUCUGUUUGAGAUAGGUCUUUGCAACUACGAACUACUACUUUGCUGGCUCACCAAAAGUGAUUACGACAUUUGGUGUGAGGAAUUAACGGUAAUAGUUUGUUUUGUAAAUGGAAGUCAUGUAUUGCCAAAACCGACAACAACUGAAACAACCCAAUAUUUGUAUAAAUUACCCACUAGCUUGUCUCCCUAUGAUAUAAACACAAAUUUUGAUUCAUUCACGAUUUUACAAGGUAAUUGCUACUUUAAACAAUGCUUACUAAUAAAAAUUGUUAUCGACAAAGUUCUAACGAAAUUGUUGCAUAUAGAGAACACAGACACCACCCACAACUUGAGAACAACCAAUUAUGAAGACAAGGAAUAUAAAAUCAUUUUCGAAAAUAAACCUUUAGUCACAAACGAAAGGUUUUUCAGAGCAUCGAUAAGCAAAGGCUUGCGCAUAUAUUCGAUUCAGGAAUCAGAGGAUAAAUUUAAAGACUUUUUCCACAAUUGGCAAAUAAAAACUUAA